CCCCAUUUAUAAAACCUUUCAUUUUCUUCUUUUAUGGUAGCGAUCCCACUGUUUUUACAAUGACAGCUAUAAGCAGUGAAAACCCAUAUCUCUUUGAUUGAAUGAAUGAAAUAAUCUUGUUAGGGUUUCCUUUUUAUUGUUUUAGCCAACCCCUCUUUUCUCAUUUGUUUAAAAGAGUGGAGUUAGAGGGGAAGGUGCAAUAAGGGUUCUUGGUUGUCUUAUACCAACCCCCUUUGCUUCUUCUUUAAUUUUUGUGGGUUUGGGUUGUUGAGUUUUAUGUUCAUCACUAAUCUUGGGCUAAAUAAAAAAAUACACUAUUUUUUAUUUAUUUUGUGGGUGUAUAAAUAUGAAAAGUGUGUUGGGAUCUUGAAAGUGAUUGAAAAGGGUGUUUUUGAGAUUAAAGUUUUGAUUUUUUGAUAGAGUGGGGUUGAGUUUUGAUGAGUUUUGGAGGUUUUAUUGGAAGUAGUAGCGGAGGAAACGGUGGUGGGGUUUCAAGAUUGGUGGGUGAUACUUCAUACGAAGCCAUGCCUACUGCUACUAUGGCUCAGUCACAGCUUAUCACAUCAUCUUUAUCUCAUUCAAUGUUUAACUCUUCACCGUUAUCUCUUGCUCUUAAACCGAAAAUGGAAGGUUCUGGUGAUUUGAGCUUUGAUGGAAUGGGAAGGAACUCCAGAGAUGAUGAGUACGAGAGCAGGUCCGGGACUGGGAGUGACAACUUUGAUGGUAUUGGAUCGGGUGAUGAAAUUGAAACUCACAUUGGUAGCUCAUCCAAAUCGGCAAAGAAGUACCAUAGGCACACUCCAUACCAAAUCCAAGAGCUGGAGGCUUGCUUUAAGGAGAAUCCACACCCGGAUGAGAAAGCAAGGCUGGAACUUGGUAAGAGGUUGACAUUGGAAAGCAGGCAGGUUAAGUUUUGGUUCCAGAACAGGAGAACCCAAAUGAAGACCCAGAUGGAGCGUCAUGAAAAUUCAAUGUUGAAGCAAGAGAAUGAUAAGCUUCGCAUUGAGAACAUAGCGAUGAAGGAAGCGAUGAGAAGCCCAGCUUGCCCACAUUGUGGUGGUCAGGCAAUUUUUGGUGAGAUACACAUUGAAGAGCAUCAUUUGAAGAUUGAGAAUGCUCGGCUGAGAGAUGAAUACAGUAGGAUCUGUGUUGUGGCAAACAAGUUUCUGGGUAGGCAGGUGGAAUCUGUCCAUGGUCCAAUGUCAGCUGGAAUGGCUAAUUCAGGUUUGGAACUUGCUGUGGGAAGAAACGGCUAUGGUGCUAUGAGUUCUGUUGACACUGCAUUGCCAAUGGGUCUUAAUUUUGGCAAUAAUUUCUCAAGUGCUCUACCAGCUAUUUCACCUAGGCCCGCCCUGAGCAUGGCCGGUGUAGAUGUAUCCUUUGAUAGGAACAUGCUAAUGGAGCUUGCUUUUGCUUCCAUGAAUGAGCUGAUUAAGCUGGCUGAUAUCGGUGCUCCUCUGUGGCUUGGAAACUUUGAUGGAACUGCUGAAGUAUUGAACCUUGAGGAGUAUGCCAGGUCUUUUCCUCCAUGUAUUGGCAUUAAACCUGCCCAUUUGACAGCAGAAGCAACCAAGGCAACUGGUACUGUGAUGAUUAACAGUCUGACCUUGGUGGAGACUCUGAUGGACACAAGUCGAUGGAUGGAUAUAUUUUCAUGCAUUGUUGGCAAAACCUCUACAAUUAAUGUGAUCUCCAACAGCUCAGGUGGAAGCAAGGAUGGCAAUAUGCAGUUGAUCCAAGCUGAGUUCCAAGUUCCUUCUGCUUUAGUUCCUGUCCGUCGAGUGAAGUUUCUACGCUUCUGCAAGCAGCAUGCUGAAGGUGUCUGGGUGAUGGUGGAUGUGUCUAUUGAUGCUAUUCAGGAAGGUCCACUACCGCUUGAUGGAAGUUGCAGGAGGCUUCCUUCGGGAUGUAUCGUGCAAGAGUUGCCCAAUGGGUGCUCCAAGGUUAUUUGGAUUGAGCACAUGGAGUAUGAUGAGAGUGUCGUCCACAAUUACUACCACCCUUACAUCAGGUCUGGCCUGGGGUUUGGUGCCCAACGGUGGAUCGCCACCCUACAAAGGCAAUGCGAGUUCUUGACAAUCAUGUCUUCUCCUGUGCCCAGUGGUGAUAAUUCAGUGCUUACUUCCAGUGGACGGAGAAGUAUUGCGAUGCUUGCUCGACGCGUGAUUCGCCACUUUUGCAUUGGUGUUUGUGCAACCUAUUACAACUGGGAAUCAAUCCAACUAGGGACUGCAGAGGAGAGUAAGUUUAUUAUGAGGAAGGGCGUUGGUGAACCUGGUGACCUUAAUGGUAUGGUGUUGAGUGCCAGCAGGACCCUCUGGCUGCCGAUAACACAUCAACGUUUGUUUGACUUCCUGAGAAAUGAACAGAUGAGAGGUCAAUGGGAUGUGUUGUCCCAGGGUGGUUCCGUGCACCGAAUAGUCCACAUUGCCAAGGGUCAGGAUCCUGGCAAUAGCAUCACUCUGUUUCGUACUACUGUGGCUAACAGCGAUGGUAGCCAAAACAGCUUGCUGACCUUGCAAGAGUCGUGCACAGAUGUAUCUGGUUCGAUCAUAGCAUAUUCAUCACUUAAUACCGGAGACAUGAAUGCUGUGAUGAAUGGUGGAGAUUCCUCCUGCGUGACGUUCCUUCCAUCUGGAUUCGCCAUUGUUCCAGAUUGUUACGAGAAUUCCAACGGGGUAGCUGGCAUUGGAACACUGGAGAAUGGUGGUAAGAUUAAUGGGUGCCUAUUGACCAUGGGAUACCAGGUACUCAUGAGUAACCCGCCUACAGGAAAUCUCACUAUGGAUUCAGUGAACACUGUUGACUCCCUCAUCACCCGUACAGUGCAGAACAUCAAGCUUGCUUUCCAGUGCAAUUAAAUCUCCAACUGGAGGUUUUGUUGCACUCACUCACCCUACAAGUUAUAGAGUUGUUGCUUUUCUGUGUUGUGAUGCAAGUAGUAGUAUACAAGGUUAUUGACGGGUUUGAGUCAAUGAACGAACCGAGGUGGUUCCCUCGGGUUGACUAGUUAGUUAGUAUUUGGUAUGGUGUCUUGAUGAGGCAUGGAGGAUAUUGGUGUGGUUCGCGUAUUGACUUUCGUUGGCCCUUUUAAGAUUAUUGUGUGAUAUGAUAUUCUCUACAGGUUGUUAGUUUUUAUUAUUAGUACUGUUGGUUUGUUCGUGUUUGAAUCUUAGUUGUGUUUUUGGGUGUUGUUAAACGCUCUAAACUUAUUUGGAUGGUUUUUUUAAUAUAUUUGGAUUUUGGUUUAUCAA